AUGGCUGUCUCUAUCAGUCGCGCCUUCACCAAGCGCACCAAGCGCCCUGAGAUUUCAACUCCCAUGCCAUUUCGCGAGGGCCUAGUCAAGUAUUCUGCCGGCACCAUUCGUCGUGGCAAAAUUUCUGGUCCCGUGGAACUCUUGUCAGCAACCAACCCACUCGUCUACAACGCUCCCGAUUUGAGCGGUCUGUCGUCAUCCUCAUCCGCCUCUUCUCUGCGUUCUGGAGAUGAGAGUGACUUGACUCCUGCAUCGCCUGCUACCCCAGUAUCAGAAGACGCCAUGCCAGAGCCAAAUCACCUGUCAGGCUAUUUCCCAAAGAGAUCAGCCACUAUCACCAGUACAACCCGCUCAUCGACGUCUUCCACCGGCCUUGAUGCACCAAACGUGCCCAAGCGUGCCCUUUCACACACCAAGAAGUCGCAUCAAGAUCUCGCCCGCAAGCGUUCGAUCUCCCGGUUGUCGCCACCUCCCACUUCCAUGAACACGACCCCGCCGCGCCGCACUCAGGAUGUCUUCGCACCGGUUCUCGAAUCCGGCGACAAUCCUUUCAGCAGGGAAUUGGACAAGGUCAAUGAGGUCGCUGAAGAUUUUGGUGCGUUGAGAGUUUUGGAUGAGGAAGAACAGAUUCUGCUCAGCAGAGGCUUGAAGAAGUUCACCGUUGAUGACUAUCUUUGUGAGAUCGAAGAGCUUUAUGGGGGUGUUUUUGACGACCACCUCGGCCCUCUGGCAUCCAACUCGUGGCUCUAA